AUGAUGAAUAUUGCACUCAUCAUGAAGUGGUUGUGGCGUUUCGGAUGUGAAAAAACGACUCUUUGGAGGACAAUUGUGGCAGAGCACGAUAAAGAUCCUCUUGGGUGGUCUACUAAGACGCAAAAAUCAGCUUAUGGUUGUAGUAUUUGGAAAGGAGUAUGCAAGUUUGAUGAGGACUUUAAGUCCAAUUACAUGAUGCAGGUAGGUGAUGAAAAUCACACUAGUUUUUGGAAUGAUAUAUGGAUCUCCAAUAUUCCUUUGAGAGUUCAAUUUCCAGCAACUUAUGCAAUUUCAGGAUCGAAAAGCGCAGUGGCUGCAGAGGUUAUAGUUUUUGAAAGUGGCAUGGUCAGUUGGAAUUUAGAUAUUUAUAGAAGAGUUUACGAUGGGGUCAUUACAGAAUUAACUUCUUUACUCCUUUUACUUGACAACUUUCAAUCUAAUAGCACUACAACGGAUUCAGAUAAGAGAAUUUGGUUGGGUGAAAAAGCUAAUGGAAUCUUUUCAGUAAAGUCGUGUUACAAUUGGCUCCACAAAUCAACUCCUCAUCCUCCAAGAUUUAUCCCUAAAAAGAGGAUUUGGUCGUGUAACUGGCCAACAAAAGCAAGUUUUUUUAUGUGGGCUGCAGGUUAUGAAAAAAUUUCUAUGCAAGACUUAAUGGGUAGAAGAGGAUGGCAUGAAGAGUGGGAGUGGUCGUUUAAAUGGGUAACUCCACCGAACUUGUUAACUCUUAUCAUUUCUUGGCCUCUUCGUGCUAAUACUGCAAGGAAAUCAAUGGUUCUAAAAGUUCUUUCUGCUGCGGUUUUAUGGUGUCUUUGGGAUGAGAGAAACAUGAGAGCUUUUCAAAAUACUAGUAAGGAUGAAUACGGCAUCAUCAACUCUGUUAAGCUCACUGUGGCAUACUGGUUCCAUAACAGGGGUGUGUUUCGAGGCAUUUCUAUGGAACAAUUUGCUAUUAGUUAG